CAGAGGUGAGCUUGUCCGAGAGCUUCCUUCUCUGCAGCCCAACUUUUGGAGCACCUCGCUCGGCCGUCACAAUGAAAUUUUUCAUUGAUGACCUUCCGAUCCUUUUCCCGUAUCCUCGUAUAUACCCCGAACAAUAUGCCUACAUGUGCGAUCUCAAGAAGACCCUCGAUGCCGGGGGUCACUGUGUCCUGGAAAUGCCAUCAGGCACCGGGAAAACGGUUUCUUUGUUAUCAUUAAUUGUCGCCUAUCAAAUGCAUUACCCAGAACAUAGAAAGCUUAUCUACUGCUCUCGAACCAUGUCGGAAAUUGAGAAAGCAUUGGCAGAGUUAAAGGAGUUGAUGAAAUUUCGUACUCAACAACUUGGGUACACCGAGGACUUUCGUGCUUUGGGGCUCACCAGCCGAAAGAAUCUGUGUCUACAUCCGUCUGUUAAAAGGGAGAAAAGUGGCACAGUCGUUGAUGCCAGGUGCAGGAGCUUAACUGCUGGCUUCGUCAAGGAAAAGAAAGAGAAAGGCGAGGAUGUUGAGCUUUGUGUCUACCAUGAGAACCUUGACCUCCUCGAACCGCACAACCUUGUGCCUCCGGGUGUUUUCACCCUCGACGGGCUACUCAAAUACGGCGAAGACAACAAACAAUGUCCCUAUUUCUCAGCAAGGCGGAUGAUGCCAUUUUGCAACGUUAUAAUAUACUCAUAUCAUUAUCUUCUUGACCCCAAAAUCGCAGAGCGAGUCUCGAGAGAAUUUUCAAAGGACUGUAUAGUGGUUUUCGACGAAGCACACAACAUCGAUAACGUCUGUAUCGAGUCGCUUAGUAUUGAUAUAACGGAAGAUUCGCUGCGGAAAGCCACAAGGGGGGCGAACAACUUGGAACGAAAGAUUAAUGAGAUGAAGAGUUCGGACGCGGAAAAACUUCAAAAUGAAUAUUCCAAGCUUGUUGAGGGGCUACGUGAGGCAGAGCAAGCCAGGGAGGAGGAUCAGUUUAUCUCAAAUCCCGUCCUUCCAGAUGAUCUUCUCACGGAGGCCGUGCCUGGCAAUAUACGCCGAGCGGAGCACUUUGUCUCCUUUCUUAAAAGAUUUAUCGAAUACCUUAAGACUCGAAUGAAAGUCACUCAUACCAUAUCCGAGACACCCCCCUCGUUCUUAACACAUGUUAAAGACUUGACAUAUAUUGAGCGAAAACCUCUGCGAUUUUGCGCCGAACGACUAACGUCACUUGUGCGGACGCUGGAACUUAUCAACAUAGAAGACUAUCAGCCGCUGCAGGAAGUGGCAACAUUUGCGACUCUCGUCUCAACGUAUGACAAAGGGUUCCUCCUGAUUUUGGAGCCCUUUGAAUCGGAGGCAGCGACUGUUCCGAAUCCUGUAUUGCAUUUCACUUGCUUAGACGCCGCUAUUGCCAUCAAGCCAGUGUUCGAUCGAUUUAGCUCGGUCAUCAUCACUUCUGGCACCCUGUCACCCCUUGAGAUGUAUCCCAAGAUGCUCGGAUUCACCACUGUCAUGCAGGAAUCAUACAGCAUGACUCUCGCACGACGUUCCUUCCUACCCAUGGUCGUUACUCGCGGCUCCGAUCAAGCGCAAAUUUCCUCCUCCUUCCAAAUACGUAACGACCCGGGUGUGGUGCGUAAUUAUGGUAACCUUGUCCUAGAAUUCUCACGAAUUACACCGGACGGGAUCGUUGUCUUCUUUCCUUCAUAUUUGUACAUGGAAUCCAUCAUCAGUAUGUGGCAAGGUAUGGGUAUUUUGGAUUCUAUAUGGAACUACAAGUUGAUUCUCGUCGAAACUCCUGAUGCACAGGAGUCUUCGCUGGCGCUCGAGACAUAUCGAACGGCUUGCUGCAAUGGAAGAGGAGCCAUUCUAAUGUGCGUCGCUCGAGGAAAGGUUUCGGAAGGUAUCGAUUUUGACCAUCACUACGGACGUGCGGUCAUAUGCAUUGGUGUUCCAUUCCAAUACACUGAGUCGAGAAUAUUGAAGGCACGUCUCGAAUUCCUUCGAGAGAAUUACCGUAUUCGGGAGAACGACUUCCUCUCUUUCGACGCGAUGCGGCAUGCUGCACAGUGUCUCGGUCGCGUCCUUCGUGGUAAGGACGAUUAUGGAGUCAUGGUCCUCGCCGACAGGCGAUUCCAGAAGAAACGGACCCAGCUCCCUAAAUGGAUCAGCCAGGCCAUGCUCGAAAGUGAAACUAACCUCAGUACUGAUAUGGCUGUGGCCACUGCGAAGACUUUCCUACGUGGCAUGGCUCAGCCUUUCAAAGCCAAAGACCAGGACGGUAUCUCGACAUGGAGCCUAGCAGACUUAGAGCGACAUCGAGAGAAGCAAAUGUUGGAGGAGGAGCGAUCACGGCGAGAAGCACUAGCUAAUGGACAUAGCGCAAACGGUGUCGCCAAUGGUGCUGGCGUCGUUGUGGAUGAAUUUGAUGACGACAUUGACAACGACCUCAUGAUGUUGGAUGCGCAGUAAAAAUCAAUAUGGACAAUCACUGCUUGUAUCGUAUCCAUAAUUUGGACAUAGUCAUAUGCACCAAAUAUAUUGGUGUAACUAAUAGCCUGAUAUGCCAAGCUGUUCCAAACCUGUCCCGAGACCCCGAAGGAAUGCUAAACGCACCUUAACAAAGAAGUUAUGGUAGGUGGGCAAUGAAGUGGAGGGUUUAGAACUGAUAGAUUUGCUUCCUUUGUAAGAUGCGCCAGGGCAUGCUCCCCUGUUAGGAUGCCCUGCUUUGAGCCCUUCAGGACAAGCGCUUUUUCCAAUUACCACUACUCUAAAGUCCGCUCAACUGCUCUAGAUCGGUG